UCGGAUAAGGCUUUUGAGCUAUAGAAAAACAAAAGGAAAAACAAGAGGAAAAACAAGGAAUGCAUUAAGCUUUUCGAUUUUUUGAUCAAGUAUGGUGUUUUUGAGUGCUGUGCAAAUGUUUCAAUAUACAUAUUUGAGUAAACACAUCCACCACAAAUCCUUCAGCAACAACUUAACCUGCACCCCACCAACAGGCGUCGUGUCAGCCAUUCAAACUUCCGUCUCACUUAUGUCACUCGUCAAACCCCCGCGGUCAACUCUUGGUGGUCACCUCGCACGGCGACUCCUCCAAGCUGGUGUCACUGACGUUUUCUCUGUACCCGGUGACUUUAACUUGACUCUUCUCGAUCAUUUAAUUGCCGAGCCUAGGCUUAACGUGAUCGGCUGCUGUAAUGAGCUGAAUGCUGGCUACGCUGCCGACGGAUACGCCAGGUCGCGUGGUGUUGGCGCCUGCGUUGUGACUUUCACAGUUGGUGGACUUAGCGUGCUGAAUGCGGUUGCUGGAGCUUACUCUGAAAAUUUGCCAGUAAUUUGUAUAGUUGGAGGGCCAAAUACAAAUGAUUAUGGAACCAACAAAAUCCUUCAUCACACUAUUGGAUUGCCUGAUUUUAGCCAAGAGUUCAGGUGCUUUCAGGCUGUUACUUGCUUUCAGGCUGUGGUGAAUAACUUGGAAGAUGCGCAUGAAUUGAUCGAUACUUCUAUAUCAACUGCUUUGAAAGAAAGCAAGCCUGUUUAUAUCAACAUCAGUUGUAAUUUGCCUGCUAUUCCACAUCCUACUUUUAGCCGUCAACCAGUUCCAUUUUCACUUCCCCCCGGAUUGAGUAAUCAAAUGGGGUUGGAGGCUGCAGUUGAUGCAGCAGCAGAGUUCUUGAACAAGACAGUAAAACCAGUGUUGGUUGGUGGACCUAAACUGCGAGUGGCCAAGGCAUGUGAUGCCUUUCUGGAGGUUUCUGAUGCUUGUGGUUACCCCCUUGCGGUGAUGCCCUCGGCAAAAGGGCUAGUACCAGAAGACCACCCUCAUUUUAUUGGAACUUAUUGGGGUGCAGUGAGCACAGCUUUUUGCGCUGAAAUUGUGGAAUCUGCCGAUGCUUAUUUGUUCGCUGGACCCAUAUUUAAUGACCUUAGCUGUGUUGGGUACUCUCUUCUUCUGAAGCGAGAGAAGGCGAUUAUUGUCCAGCCUGAUCGCGUGGUUAUUGGGAAUGGACCUUCAUUUGGAUGUGUUUUGAUGAAAGACUUCCUAAAAGCACUUUCAAAGCGGCUCCAGCGCAAUACUACAGCUUAUGACAAUUACCACAGGAUUUAUGUUCCUGAGGGGCAACCUCUGAAGUGUGAACCCAAAGCGGCAUUGAGGGUGAAUAUUGCAUUCCAACAUAUACAAAAGAUGCUGUCUAGUGAAACUGCUGUGAUUACUGACGCAGGAGACUCUUGGUUUGACUCCCCGAAACUUAAAUUGCCAAAGGGAUGCGGGUUUGAGUUCCAAUUGCAAUACGGGUCGAUUGGUUGGUCGGUUGGUGCAACUCUUGGUUAUGCGCAGGCUGUGCCCAAUAAGCGUGUCAUUGCUUGUAUUGGAGAUGGUAGCUUCCAGAUGACCGCACAAGAUGUAUCAACAAUGCUGCGAUGUGAGCAGAGGAGUAUCAUCUUCCUGUUUAACAAUGGUGGUUACACCAUUGAAGCUGCGAUACAUGAUGGACCUUACAAUGUGAUAAAGAACUGGAACUACACUGGGUUGGUUGAUGCAAUCCACAACGGCGAGGGCAAGUGCUGGACUGCCAAGGUUCACUGUGAGAAGGAGCUAAUAGAAGCAAUUGAGGAAGCUACUGGAGGCAAGAAGGAUUGCCUCUGCUUCAUUGAGGUAAUUGUUCACAAGGAUGACACCAGUAAAGAGCUCCUGAAAUUGGGCUCCAGGCUCUCUUUUGUCAAUAGCCGCCCACCAAACCCUCGAUAUUCUUGGGGUUGA